CUCCCCCGCCCAUUACUUCCCUACACCUCAUCCUUCCCUCUUCCCCUCUUCUUUAUCCAGGCGUGUCAUUCAUCUGCCGCCAUGGUUGCCCUUCAGACUCUCACUCUGGGCCUGAUGGCUUUGCAGGCCUGGGCGCUGCCCGCAGCUGAGACUGCGACGGCCACGCUGCCCACGAGCGCCUCCAGCUCCACGGAGGUCGCCUCGUCCCAGCUGGACCAGCUGGCGUCCUUUGCCUACAACCUCACUACCGACACGCUGACCACCAACGCGGACAGCAGCAAGCGUAGUGAGGGCCACUGUACGUUGGACAAGCUGCGCGUGCGUCGCGAGUGGCGGACCUUCUCCUCCUCGCAGAAGAAGGCGUACAUCAACUCAGUGCUCUGCCUGCAGAAGCUGCCGUCGCGCACACCGGCCGACUUGGCCCCGGGAGCGCGGACCCGUUACGAUGACUUCGUGGCGACGCACAUCAACCAGACGCUGCAGAUCCACUACACGGGCACCUUCCUGGCGUGGCACCGCUAUUUCAUCUUCGAGUUCGAGUCCGCCCUGCGCGACGAGUGCGGGUACAACGGGGACUACCCCUACUGGGACUGGGGUGCCGACGCCCACGAUAUGGAGAGCUCGCCGGUCUUCGAUGGCAGCGAGACUUCGAUGUCGGGUAACGGCGCGGCGGUCGGCGCGCAAGAGGACAUCCAGCUCAACUUGGGUGAUUACCCGGCCAUCGACCUGCCUCCCGGCACCGGCGGUGGCUGCGUAACCAGCGGACCGUUCAAGGACUAUAAGGUCAACCUGGGGCCGGCUGCGCUGUCACUGCCUGGUGGAAACAUGUCUAUCUCUGCCAACCCGAUGGCGUACAACCCGCGCUGCCUGAAGCGGUCGCUCACCACCGAGAUCCUGAGCCGCUACAACACCUACCCGCAGAUCGUGUCUCUGAUUCUGGACAACCACGACGUCUGGGACUUCGAAAUGACCAUGCAGGGCGUGCCCGGCAGCGGUUCCAUUGGCGUACACGGUGGUGGCCACUACUCCAUGGGCGGCGACCCCGGCCGCGACGUCUACGUGAGCCCCGGCGAGGUUGCCUUCUGGCACCACCACGGCAUGAUCGACCGGGUCUGGUGGAUCUGGCAGAAUCUCGACCGCAAGCGCCGUCAGAACGCCAUCUCUGGAACCGGCACCUUCCUGAACAACCCCCCUUCCGCCAACACCACCUUGGACACCGUCAUUGAUAUCGGCUACGCCAAUGGCGAGCCCAUCGCCAUGCGGGAUCUGAUGAGCACCACUGCCGGACCUUUCUGUUACGUGUAUAUCUAGGCGGUUGUCAAGUGCCAUGAAUCGUGAUUGGGGUCGAGUGCUCUUGAGCCAUCGCGGGGUAGAUUCCAACCUUGUUUCAUUCACGCGACAUGUACAUAUGUAGCAUAGACAUAGUCCGAAGAUUAACC